AAAGUUACUAGUUACGAACAGUUGAUAGUGCUUGAUAAGGACGAUAUGACAACAAAAGCAGAUUAUCAACGAACAUACGAUUCAUAUGGAGAGGAACCACAGCCACAGUAUAGUCCCGCCUCUCAAAAUGAAGGGGCAGAACCAUCGCCCCACUCGAGGGCUGCCACGCCCCUGGAAUGCUUAACGUACACCACUCCUGAGACUGACCAAGAUAGCUACCCAGCCCUUAUUAGAGAUGGAAGGUUCAUCCAUAAUUUUAUGGAAGAGGUUCCUUUGGAGGAAGCACCGGGCGCAGAAUAUCUACAGUUAGGACCAACAGGUAUUUCAAAUGGAUCACCUCAAGGUAGUGGGACACCAAGUCCUGGAUCUCCAAAUAGAGUGUACAAUCUGCAUACGAUACAAGCAGGGGAUAGUCACCACUCUACGAUAGAAGGAUCGCAACUCACACAACUUACUACUCACAUAAGCUAUACAGGAGUGGGGUUAAAUUCUCCCACAGGUGCCAGUAUUACUAGUCCAUUAUAUUCGAGAGGACCUGGCACCUAUACGACAGGAGCGAUGCCGUAUUAUAAUAGUGGAUCUCCUGAAUUGACAACACAAUCAUCACAACUAUGGACAAAUUCAGGUGUAAAUACAACAGGUACCAUCGCUCUCACGGAAGAUUACACAAAAGUGACGUCUUCAUCGACCGGAAGCACAUUGCCAGCCUUCAACAGAUUGCCUUCAUCGUUCCCUUCGAAUAAUCAUCAUCGAAGCACCUCGUAUCCCGUGUCAAAUACAACCCUUUACAAUGACUGGCCGUAUACAUCGGAUCAGUAUGGCUUGAGCCCUGCAACAUCAAGAAAUAGACAGAUAUCAGCAGCCGCUUCACUAUCAGCAAUCGAUCCACGCACUGCGGAAUACUUCACAGAAGGUAGGGAGUGUGUCAAUUGCGGCGCGAUUGACACCCCGCUGUGGAGAAGAGACGGCACUGGCCACUAUCUGUGCAACGCGUGCGGCCUCUACCACAAGAUGAACGGCAUGAAUCGGCCUCUUGUCAAGCAGCCUCGUAGAUUGUCUGCAUCCCGUCGUGCUGGACUUACCUGCACUAAUUGCCACACAAGUACAACCUCCUUGUGGAGGAGAAAUUCCUUAGGAGAGCCCGUUUGCAAUGCAUGUGGCCUUUACUUUAAGUUACAUUCCGUAAACAGGCCUCUAUCAAUGAAAAAGGAUAGCAUACAGACAAGGAAGAGAAAACCAAAGGGAAGUAAAGAAAGGAACUCUGAUGGUGGCACUCAAAUACGAAACAUUCAAAAUGCUGCGAUGACUGCUAUAAAAAUGGAGGAAGUAAAGCUAGAACAUACAAUAGACAACUACAACGAACUUAGAUCAGUGACUGGUCUAAAUCAUCUACCACAUGCUUCAACAACCAAUUAUGUGUUCAACAACCAGGCCCAUCAACGGCUUAGUCCUUACUCAUCACAGUCUCCUCAACUUACUACUGCUCAAUACUAUGACUCCAUUCUUCAACACUCCAGUCCAAGCCCUCCCUCUACCAAUUCAGAGAGUCCUUCGUCUCCCCAUAUUAUCAACAAUAAUAACAACACAAAAGUUAUUAUUAACGGAGAACAUGGUUUAGAUAGACCAACUGUCGUUUCUUUAUCCUCGUAACUUUUUUGUAUAUAAAUUUAUACAUAUCUUUACCUAUUUCUUUUUUGUACAUAAUUUUUGCAAUAAUAUAUUUUGC